CCAAACUCUAAUUUAAAACCUACCCAAUUCACAUAUUUCGUCAAAACCAAAACCUUGUGCAUCUAAAAACCAAAUAUUUUUCCCAUUGAUAUGUUGAACCCUUUUGUUUGUGGAACUUUUAAUCAUGAAGAUGAUGAACUAUGUUCUAGUAGCCCAAGUAAAUACAAAAGAAAAGAUAGCAAAAACAACCCUUAUUCCACACGUGGCCUAGACAAAUUUUCUCAACUUUUAUCCGAUCUAAAUGAAAAAAGACAGAAAAUUUAUUCACAAAUGAACCCUCAUGACAUAUCUUUUGUUCGUUUUGUUCACUCAAACACUGAUGAUUUUGUUCCAAUUAUUGUCAAGGUGAAAAACAAGGAUCAUAAAAACAAGAGCCAAGACCUCAAAGUAGUUAAAGUAAGAAACUUGACAAUGAAUUCAGAGUCAACGGAGAAGUCAACGGAUCAAUCAAGUUCUAUUAUGGAAGAAAGAAACCAACCCAAGAUGGAAAUUAAUAGAAAAGCAACAAAAAAGAACAUAUCUUGGAUUAUCAACAAGUUAGAUAUGGAGAAACCAAUGUUCUAUUUGCCAUUUAUUGUGAUCAUGAUUUUAGUUUUGUUGACUUUGUUUGGAAGAACAGCUGCAACAAUUUUCACCUGUAUUUUGUGGUAUGUAAUUCCAACUUUGAAAGAUUUAAACUCAAGAAAUUCUAUGAAGAAAAGGGUUGUGGUGAAUAAUGAAGGGGUGAAGAAAAAAGAUUAUGUUAGAGGGUUUAGUGAAAAGAAGAUUGUGGUGAAUGAAGGGGCUGUAAAAAAGAAAGAUUUUGUUAGAAGAUGGAGUGAGAAGAAAAUGGUGACUAAUGAUGGAUUGUUUUCUCCAAGAAGUGGUGAUUCUGAUGAGGCUAACAAGAACAAGAUUCAAGGAAAACAUUCACACAAGAAAAGUUGGUGAUCAUUGUAUGAUAUUGUUCACUUUCAAUUCGUUAUUUUUGUUUUUUUUUCUUCAUGUUUUCAUUUUUCUUGGUUAGGAUUAGAAUUUUUGUGGUGUGAAUAUGUGUAGAUUCUCUUUGAAGACUUGCUUGAAACGAGUUGACAAUUCAACCUUUCUUGUUACAUGUCAUGAGUUUAGAUCAUGAUAUUAAAUUAUCGUCUGCAACUGCAAUUUCGGUAUCAAUAUAAACGUAACUGCAAUCACAAUUUAAAAUCUUA